GGCCGAGACGGGGUGAGGAGGAAACCCAAUCUCUCCAUAUCGAGCUAAAGCCUUCAUCAAUUAACGGAGGGCGCCGAGAAGGGGAAGAUAACCGGCUCUGUUUUGCCGUUCCUCACUUGUGCCUCCUGCAAACAAAAGCUCUCCACCGGCAGCUUUCGUUGUUUGGGUUCCUGGUCAACUCGAGCCGUAUUAAAUUACGCAUUGCACCUUUAAGAAGCUGUCACCAGGAUUAGAAUUACGCGCAGCGACCCAAGUCACUCUCCAAAGAGGGGGUUUACGCACCGCCGCUAUCCAGGAGAGGCUUCUCCUUUCGACGAGUUCUCUCUCUCUCUCUCUCCGUGCACCCCGCUCUUCUUCUCAGCUUUGGGGAUCCCCGACACCGCGCGACAUGGCCGAGCCAGGGAAAGGGGUCAUCGCCGGGAAACUGGCCAUCAACGUCCAGAAGAAGUUCACCCGGGCGCAAGAAAAGGUCAUGCAGAAGCUGGGCAAAGCAGACGAGACCCGAGACACCGUGUUCGAGGAGAUGGUGGCCAACUUCAACAAGCAGAUGACAGAGGGAACUAAAUUGCAGAGAGACAUGAAAGCCUACUUAGCUGCAGUUAAAGCGAUGCACGAGGCGUCGCAGCGGCUGCAGGACUGUCUGGCCGACAUGUACGAACCUGAGUGGUUUGGCAAGGAGGAGAUGGACUCCCUGAUCGUGGAGAUGAUGGAGAAAGAGAUGGACAAUAACAUGGAGGACACAGACAUGCUGUGGGUAGACUACCAACAGAACAUUACGGACACCACUGUGCUCGACAUGGACACGUACCUGGCCCGGUUUCCUGAUAUUAAGGCUCGUAUAGCGAAGCGCGACAGGAAGAUGGUGGACUUUGACAGCGCCAGGCAUCACUUCGCCAACGUCCAGAAAGGCAAGAAGAAGGACGAGGCCAAGAUCGCCAAGCCAGCAGCUCUGUUGGAGAUGGCGGCUCCCAGCUGGGCUCAGGGUUUGAUUUCAGCCCACCAGGUGGCUCAGACGAGCCUCUCCUUCAACCAGGCGGAGGAGGAGCUGGGCCGAGCUCAGAAGGUUUUCGAGGAGCUGAACGUGGAGUUACAAGACGAGCUUCCAGUACUGUGGGACAGUCGUGUUGGCUUGUAUGUUAACACAUUCCAGAGCCUGGCAGGACAUCAGGACAAGUUCCACAAAGAGAUGAGCAAGCUCUGUCAAAACCUGAACGACAUCAUGACCAAACUGGACGAACAGCGACUGGCCAAAAAGGGAAGUACUGCAGCCAGCAAGACAGGCGCUUCUGGGAAGAGUGAGGGAGCCAACCACAGCGCGUCCGGCGACUCACCACCAAAGAGGCCAGGUCCCCCUCGCCCCACGUCCCGAGCCACACCUUCCCCAGACCACAGACAGCACGACACCGACCAGUACGAUGACGACAGCUCACUGCCUGACACUACGACGGCACAGGCACCAGCAUGGGACUCAUGGCAAGGCCAGUCCCCUGCACCACAGGACCUUGAGUAUCCUGAUGACCAGUAUCCUGAUGACCAGUACCCACAAGAUGCCCAAGGCGGCUGGGAUGAUGAUGAUGGCAGCUCAGAGCCCCAGAGAUACACACAGCCCAGUUGGGACGAUGCAGGGACCGUUGAGGGCCAGGAGAGCUGGAAUGACGAAGGCGCUUCGGCCCCUCAGUCAUACACCGAGCCCAACUGGGACGAUGACGGCACCCAAGCGGAACAGGGUGGCUGGGAUGAUCAGAAAACCGCUGCUGAUCAGUCGUACACCCAGCCCAAUUGGGACAAUGAUGGUGCUGAAGUGGGACAGGGUGAAUUGGAUGAUGGAGAGGAUCAGAACGCGGUGACCAACGGCUCUGAUGGGGAUCUCCCUCCAGGAUUCCUCUACAAGGUAAAAGCAGUGCAUGACUACGCUGCUACUGAUGGUGACGAGCUGGAACUGAAGGCUGGAGACAUGGUGCUGGUUUUGGCCUUUGACAACCCCGAUGAACAGGAUGAUGGCUGGCUCAUGGGCUUGAAGGAGUCUAAUUGGCUGAAGAACAGAGAUCUUUCAGGCAAAGGUGUUUUCCCUGAGAACUUUACCCAGAAGGUUUGAGCUGAACAUUAUGACAAAAUGCUGUCCUCUGCCCCAGUGUCUUGAAAGACAUGAUCGAAUCAUCACAAAAUGUGGCUCUAUUAAUCAAAAUCUACUGGUACAACAUGACAAAAAUUAUACAUUAAAAUACAAGGGCGUCUCCAUGGUUGUGAUAUUGAUUUAUCUGUGGUUUACAUCAUCCUCAUGGAGUGGUGUCAGAAAACAGUGCCAGUUCAGUGUAACUCAGUAAUCACACAUACACACAUAUUAAACAGAUUUUUUUUUUUUCAAUCAAAAAGUGAUGAAAAAAAGCUAUGCAUAUUUUCAUUACAAGUUUUGCUCCAUGAGGUAAACGGUCUAAAAUGUUUGGGCUGUCAAAUAAUAGACUCAAAAUUAAAUGUAUUAUUGUGUUUUUGUUUUGAUUUCUUAUUGCUGAAUUUUAUUUUGUCACUUGAAACCCAAAACAUUGAGUAAGCAACAUAAAAAGGGAAAUAACUGUCAGCAUAUUUUUUGUUCUGUAUUUUCAACUGAUUUUGAAAACAGGGUUUCACAGGGUUUCCUUGCAUGAAGAAUUUGAUUGUAUUGUCAUUUACUUUGUAACAGUUAAUACCAUGACACCAAGUUUGGAUCAACUUGGAAUCACUUUGAACUAUGCCAGUGGAAACGGGCAGAGGCCCUAGACUAGAGCCUUGGAGAACACCACAUGAAAUUAAUUAAUUAAAUAAAUAAAUAAAUAAAAGCAAACUGUUUGCAGGGCCUUAUCUUGUACAUCUUUUUUGGGUGUGGGGGGGGGCUUUUGUAACAUUAUCAGAGGGAACAGUAGUUUGUCUUAUUUAUUUUUUGCCCUUUUAAAUGCAAUACUUCAUUUGUGGCUUUAAUUGAAACGAAUUUCUGAUUUACACAGAGGUCUAUUGUGAUUCAAUCAUCUCCCCAUUCACCUGUAAAAUGUAAAACUAAGAUGUUUAUCAGCAAACUGGGCUGCUGAAUGUUUUACUCUGUCUCUACCACUAUUAAGAGAAUAUAUUAUUUUUGAAUAUUCUUCUGAACAGCAAUGCUAUUCUGGGUCUCUGUGCUCUCUUGAACUGGACAGUCUAACUUUGUAUCAGCCUCAGUGAAAUGUUUUCCUUUUGUGAAUGAAAAUCUUGAUGUGCAACACUGGAUCACGAGUUUGAGUACCUUUUUUCUUUCGUGGUGUUUUCCAGAAAAACUCAGGUUGAGGCCACAUACUAAAAGAAAAUGAUGCUGAUUGUCAAUAUAAUAUCUGAAUGUACUGUGUUUCAACCUGAUAAAUGAGGAAUUGAUCUACCUUCUAAAGAAGCUUGAAACCUUAAUCUGGUUCAAAGUGAUGGCCCGUCCAAGCAGUACCGUCUCAACAAAAUAUCCUGCUGAAAGUUUAGACACAGUCAAAAGGGAUUUUCACACUGGACAUGUGAUAAACAGUGUUACAGCAUAUGUAACCAGCACACUGUUGGAUCGAAUCUGUGUCAUUAAAGAUAAAUGAAACCACA